CCCUUCAACAUAAUCACACCCCAAGGCCUUGAGGGCUUUAUCCUUCAUGUGUCUAUAAAAGGAGCUUUCUUCCUGUGAAGAAGCAGAAGAAGCAGAUCUUCUCCCACUGAGCAUUUCACCACGGCGCGGAGUGAAAGCAGGAGAGGAGGAGGAAAAGAAGGAACCGAGAAGAGAAGAUCUGUAGACAAACACAGGGGGAAAUAGAAGAAGUGGAAAGUACAACGUUUGAAAAAGGCUGAAGAUGGUGUGUGUGCAGUGGCUCUUGGUGGUGCUGAUGGUCUUCGUGAACAUCCCCGGGUUUGGGACCGUGUGCUGGUACAGCGCCCUCUGCAACAACCUGAGCAGCGACAGAAGGAUUAGGGACUGCAUUCGCCACUGCAUGUCUACCAGCCAGACUGAGUCGCCAGAGCUAGACGGACCCGAGGUGAAGGCUCCUGCUUACACUGACAAUACUGACCUCCUGAUCAGCAUCAUACUGGCCACCCUCGGCUCCUCUGACGACCAGGCGCCAGAAACCACCAUCAGGACCCACAGUGAGGAACGACGUUCUUAUUCCAUGGAGCACUUCCGUUGGGGGAAACCACCGGGCCGCAAACGUCGGCCCAUCAAAGUCUUUGCCUCCUCCCUAGAAGGAGGUGGCUCCUCAGAGGGCAGCUUCCCUUCUCAUGUUCGAAGACAAGUGAGCAGCCUGGAAGAUGACACCAAGGGGGUCGUUAGCCGACAGAGCACGCAGAGUCAGGCACCCCAGAGGCAAAGGGUCAACUCCAAGCCCCACGUCCCCGUGAACUCACAGGACAGGAAAGAAGGGAGCUACCGCAUGAGUCACUUCAGGUGGGGGAACCCACCCGUGUCCAAACGUGGCAGCUUGAUGAAGCAGCUACAGGAGAAACCGCGGCGUGAACUGGCCAGGAUGUUGAAGAACAUUGUACUGAAGGACGUGCAGAGGUUAUCGGAAUGAACAGAGAGAAGGAGAAGGCAGUUGCAGAUUGUCAAAGAUCCAUUGCAUGUUAAUAACCAAAGGUUUUGAAAAUAAGAAUUUUAUCAUUAUUAUUUAUUAUUUGCAUGUUUUUGGAAUGCUGGAGCAAGAGUUUGUCCGACUGGAAAACUCAACUUAAGAUAAAAAAAAAAAAAAUUUUCCUCGAAUAAAAAGCAAUGAUGCAGCCAACAACUGCCUUGAAAAUAAUGUUCUGUUUUAUGUUUUGUUUGUUUACAGUGUCAUAACUGAUUAC